GUGAAUGCAGGCCGGGGGAAUAAACCGUAGCAGCGCGAGAGGCAGGAGCAGCUUGAAGAGAGACCGAGAGGAGGGAGUGUAGGCAGGUGGGGGGUAGAGUUCACACAGAUAUUACAGCCUGGCGUUUCUAUUUAUCCCUCUCCCCUGUGUGUCCGUUCAGGUAUUCGAACAAAUAGGCUUCCGAGGGUAGCGGAGUCGGUAUUGCAUUGCCAUUAAAACGAGGACAAGAGUAAGAAAAGCGAGGAUGUCCGUCCCCGUAGGAAGAUGAUGAAGGAGCUGCGCCGUGUGUUGGUGUGCCUUAUUCUCGCUCUCCUGUGCCGGUACCCCAGUCGUCAUGUGUGUUGUUUGGAAGAGAGCUCUACAGGCCCAGCACAGCUCGCACAGGAUAGCAGUGCUCAGGCAACGCAGGAAAAGAAAACGGACAGAAAGGAUGAAGAGAAAUGGUCCUUGAAUAUCCAGUCCUCUUACGAUUAUGGACUGGAGGCUGAAAAAGCUUUUCAAGAUGAAAUAUUAAGAGAGGACUGUGGCAAAGAAAAAGAACACGAUCAGACUGUGAAAACAGAUGAACCCAGUGGGUUAGCUGAGCCAGAGCCAGUGUCUGAGGCCGUGCCAGAGCAUGAGACUUCUCUCAGCCUGGAUGAUACCCCUUCCACUGCUUCUGCUACUACUGAGAACAUCUCCAGCACACCUACCUCACAGACCCCUCCUGUAACACAGUCAAGUGCAAUAGAGGUUCCCAGUGCUGAUACCCAUGUAGGCAGCUCUUAUGAUGCUGAGCAGUCAGCUGCUGACUGUGAGGCUGGAGGGACUCCUGUGGCGUCCCCUCCCAGCGAGUCCCCUCCUUUUGACAGAUCGCUUGACAGUCUGGCCGUGGAGCACAUAGAGAAUAUUUCCAGUACCCAUGGAAGAGGGAAAGGGACCAAAACUGACCUGGACUCCCCUCUGACGCCAGUGGGUAAGGACAAGCCAGAGCUGGACCAGAGUGGUGGGAACACAUCUCAUGUGCAGAAGGGAGAGAAAGUGGAUCCUAACAAUAUCAAGGACCCAGAUCCAUCUGCUGUGGUAAAUGGCAAAGACCCUGGAGAUAUCCCCACCUUUGAUGAGUGGAAGAAAAAAGUAAUGGAGGUGGAGAAGGAAAAGAGUCAGUCAAUGCACCCCUCCUCCAAUGGGAGCCCCCAUACAGUAAAGAAAGUACAGAAGAACUUCAACAAUUACGCUUCAGUGGAGUGUGGUGCUAAAAUCCUCUCUGCUAACCCCGAGGCCAAGAGCACUUCAGCAAUUUUGAUGGAAAAUAUGGACUUGUACAUGUUAAACCCUUGUAGCAACAAGAUCUGGUUUGUAAUUGAACUUUGCGAGCCAAUUCAAGUCAAACAGCUGGAUAUUGCAAACUUUGAGCUGUUCUCCUCUACUCCAAAGGACUUCUUGGUUUCAAUUAGUGACAGGUACCCGACCAAUAAAUGGAUUAAGCUUGGCACGUUUCACGCACGAGAUGAAAGGACUGUUCAGAGCUUCCCACUGGAUGAACAGCUGUAUGCUAAAUAUGUCAAGAUGUUCAUCAAGUACAUAAAGGUUGAGCUGCUCUCUCAUUUUGGAUCAGAGCAUUUUUGUCCACUCAGCCUCAUCAGGGUGUUUGGCACCAGCAUGGUGGAAGAAUACGAAGAGAUUGCAGAAUCACAGUAUGCAUCGGAGCGAUUGGAGUACCUGGAUGAAGAUUAUGUCCUCACUGUGCCCUCUGCCAAUGGGCAGCUCCACCGCACUGCCACAGACUUCUAUGCUGAGCUACAGAACUCCUCGGACCUGGGCUACAGCAAUGGCAACCAGGUGCACGGCUCCAACCAGAAGGAGUCCGUCUUUAUGAGACUCAACAACCGUAUUAAGGCCCUGGAGAUGAACAUGUCUCUCAGCAGCCGCUACCUGGAAGAGCUCAGUCAAAGGUACCGUAAGCAAAUGGAAGAAAUGCAGAGAGCCUUUAACAAGACUAUUAUUCAGCUCCAAAACACCUCCAGGAUUGCAGAGGAGCAGGACCAGCGACAAACCGAGUCAAUCCAAUUACUGCAGGGCCAGCUAGAGAACGUCACAGAGCUGGUUCUUAACCUGUCUGCCACUGUUAGCCAGCUUCAGAGAGAGGUGUCCGACUGGCAGAAUUACCUGGUCAUCUCCCUGGUGCUGUGUUUGUCCCUGGGCCUGCUGCUUUGUGUCCAGCGCUACCGCAACUCUGCUCCACUACAGAAAAGGCCAGAUUCUUCCAUUCCCAAGAGCAACCACUACCCAAGCCCAAAGAGAUGUUUCUCUUCAUAUGAUGACAUGAGCCUCAAAAGAAGAAUUUCUUGCCCUCUUGUGCGGUCAAAAUCAUUCCAGUUACCCACUACAGAAGUAGGUCCAGAUGACUUGUACAUUGUAGAACCUCUAAGGUUUUCGCCAGAAAAUAAAAAGAAGAAACGUUGCAAAAUGAAAAACGAGAAGAUCGAGACGCUGAAGUCUUCUGUCCUCGUGCCACCAGUAGCUAAUGGAGGGCCAAAGUGCAAUGGCCCCGUGCAGCCCCAUAGCACCUUCUUGCCCUCGGGGGAGGUGUGCACAUCCUCCUACAAGGGCCCCCCAUCAGAGGGCAGUUCUGAGGGCUCGUCGCACUCCGAUGAGUCCUACUUCUGCGGGAUCUCCGCUUGCACACGCCUCUGCAAUGGCCAGCCCCCGCCUAAGACCAAGACAGAGAAGAGGGCCUUCAAAAGAAGGCGCUCCAAGAUGACAGAGCAGGGAAAGUGUGUGGGAGAUCUUCUACAGACUCGCACUGGCGCCAUUGCCAGCCUGCAGGACAUUAUCAUCAAGGGCAACAAGGAGAUGACUGUGGGUACGUUCGGAGUCACAGCUGUGUCAGGACAGGUCUGACGGCUGAUUUCAGUGACUUUUGCAGCACUCCUCCUCGCACUCCGCCCUUCUGUUCUUACCCCCUCUCACAGAGGCCAGGCUGGCACUUGACGCUCCCUGGUGUCCCUGCAGAUGGGGGGGUACAGGAUUCGCAGUGAGGACGGGGAAAAGCUCCUUUCUAUCCGAAGACGGAUUUUUUUUUGGUUGAAGAGAGAGGUCAAGUGGAGCCAAUCAUUUUGACAAGAACAGGCACUGGCCCCGUUUCCUCUCAGAACUCUCCUCGAUCUCCUUGUUUAUGUGCCUUUUGUCUGUUUAGGGUUUUGACAAGUUUUAACAUUUUGGGAGAGCGAACAUAUAACAAUUCAGUGUGGGUGAGUUUUUCUACAAGACUGGGAACGUGUACUGUUAGUAGGUACUUUGGCAGAUAGCAUUCCGUCACACCCCUGGUUUUACAGAGGCACAAUGAGGGAGGCUGUUACAAGUUCUGUGUUGGGAGAGCUAUGGGCUUGCCCAGUUUGAGUGAGGACUGAAGCUGCUCUUGCAAAUUAAACAUGUCGCAGUGAUGCACAACUGUGCAGCAGUACAAGCAGUUUUGCUCCUUUUGUUUUUGAAAUUUUUAGUUUUCUUAGUUCAGAUUUAACACUAUAGGAGUUAGAUAUUUUUGUGGGGGACCAGGGUGUUCUGAUUUCUUUUAGUAAAAAAAAAACCCAAGUCUCUAUAAAGCAAUCUGUACACACACCAAAGACUAAUUGGAGCAGAGAAUAUUAUAUUAUUACACCAAAUGUAUAUGUCUAAAUUGGUUAAAUGCCUUUCAGUUAAAGGACUUAACUUUUUUAUUGGGAAUUACGAACAAAGAUUAUGCAAUAUUUCAAAAUGAAUUCUCCUUAUUUUAUGAUUGAAGUAAUUUGCAUCCUCAAGGCUUUAGAUUGAACAUGUACGCAUUUAUCACUUUUCUUCCAUACUCUAGGCUGGGGAAAUAAGUGACCAUUAAGGAUAAAUCUGCCCUUUUCUGAUCAUGUGAAUAUGAUGGAUCUGGUUUAAAGCCAAGGCUCAAAGCCCUGUUCUCAUUCCUCAUACACUUUCUGCAUCAGCUUUAUGAUAAGGAGCUAAAAUGCAAGAAAAUUGUAUUAGAUCUUAAGUUGACGUUAUUACCCAAAAUGCCAAUAUAGAUGUUGCACUCCUAACUUUAUUUGGUAACAUGAUGAAAGGAAAGAUGAAAAACACUGAUUUAUUUUAAACUGAAUUGGAGAGUAAAUACAACUUGCCCUUAUUUGGAAGUAUUGUCUUCAUUCAUAAUCACUCCUCUGAUAAGAGAGAUGCACCAAGAGUACAUUUGUAAGAGACCAUUGUAAGAACCCCUUUUAUACCUGACUUAUAAAACUUAAAGUUAUGGUAGCUUACAAAGGUUUAUAUACAUUUUUUAUUUUGAACCUUAUAAAGAAAGAUACAUUUUUGUAAGAUGGUUCUUGAAUCUUAUUUGACAACAGCUUUUAUCUUGGUGUGCAAUAUGUCCACCAUUCUCUACAACAUAACUAGUUUCACCAGAAUAACAAAGUAAUUUUGAUGAAACUAGCACAUUUGAAAAAUUUGUGUCCCAAACCUUACUGAUUUGUCAGCUGUUUUGAGUGGUAGCAGCAGUGAUGAAUUUGUUUGCUUUGUCUUCUGGUGGUAGUGUUACUCUUACUUAAUAGAGGCCCUUGGAAAAAGGAAUGGGUGUAGGUAGAAAAUAUUUCUAAUUUAUUUACAUGUGAAACAUUUUGGGAGCAUUUAGAUUAAAUGUUAUGACCAUACCUGCAUUCUGUUUAGUCAGUUAAUGAUAUUAACACGUACAAUGUUGGGGAUGACAAAGUGUAGUAUCUGAAAUGCAGUUUUGUUCUAUGGAUAAAUUAUGUCCUACUGUGACACCCCAAUCUCCAGUCAUCUCGUUAUACCAGCAGCCUAGAGCCCACCCCUGCUGGAGGCAGAUACAGAAGGUGCCAGGAGUUUUCUGCUGCUUCUCUAUUUAUUUUAUUUAUUUAAAUAAUUACACAUCUCCCUCUCAGGACUCCAUAGGGUGCCUGGGACAGGGCAUGGCAGAUUAUUCUGCAAGUUCCAUGUUUGUUUAUAAAAAUUACCUUGUGUUGGAACAUUUCGAGUACGGUUACACACACCUUUCUUAUGAAAUCUCUAGUCCAGGCUUGCAAUGGUCUUGUUCUGUCAGGUGUGUCUUUGAGUGGUAGCCUGCUGUGAUCAUCCACGAAGACCGUUUGAUACACGAAACACUGCUUUGUCAGUCACUUGGUUUCGAUUAAUCACUUUGUAGCUGUUCUUCCUCUGGGAAAUAUUGAACUGUAUUGUCCUACUCUAUUUUGAGAUCACAUUCUGGUUUUCACGAUUCCUGCUUCAUAUUCUUAUUUUCCUUUUUAGCAUAAUGUUUAGUUUUAAUGUCAAAGGAUUUUCUUUCACGUAAGCUACAUGUGUGCUGGCACCUUUUGUUUUUGGUUUAUUUAUUUUUCUGUAAUCUAGAUGUAAUGAUAUUCAAAGAGUGGACUGUUGUGAAAGUGGUAAAUCUGGAAAGAUGUUGGUGUGCCUUGUCCUCCUCUGCAUUCUCGAAAACCACACAUCACCCACAGUGAUUUGGAAUGACCAGUGUGAUCACUGUAGUCUACAGUCAUUCAGAUUUGCUCAAAAAUCUCUCCUGUACCUCAUAUUAAGCAGUUACUUUUUAAUUUUAGAGUCUUUGUUUUGUUAAACCCAUCCAGUUUAGAAUAUCUUGCAGCUGUAAACCCUUUUUCCCCACACAGGAGAAUUGGAAAGUGUCUUGAGUAUGUCUCUGGCAGCACAGUCCCGUACCAGAGGAUCAGCUCUGACUGGAGGGGAGGUUCAUCCCUCACUGCCAGCAUUACAAGCCUGCUGGCACCCAGGAGGCUUCAGGGGUCUCUUCCAUCCCACCCUGUCAUCAGUGGCACUUUUAGGAAACUGUGCCACUGCAUGGGGAAUCCUGGCCACAGUCAGGCUGAAACCCGUGCUCCUAAAGUCUAAAGGCUUCCUCAGAGGAAUGCCUUUAGACUUCCUUUGUCUAUAUAGAGUGUUGUAACUGGCCAUUCAUUUCUAUGACUGGUGUCAGUGUCACUGCCUCACUGCCAGUGAGUUCUACAAUAACAUUUUCUGUAGAAUCCCUGAUGGAGUAAAGGCAUAAACCCCAAAGUCAUUACUUUUUUACUGUGUAAGCUGUUGGAUGAGUUAUGCAGACAUAGUUGGACAAAGUAUAUAUGAAAGGCUUCUGAGAAUAUUUUGUAGUUUUAAUUGCUAAUUUGAUGACAGAAGCCAUAAAAGGACAGAGGUCCACUCUGCUAAGAGAUAAAAUUCUUGGUCCCUUUUCAUUUAAGUUACAUGAAACAAAUGUGCACACUGUAUCUGACUGGUAUGUUCAUUAGUUUACUUACAAAGGUAACAGUACACAGCAUUGAACAGUAAUGAGGUGAAGAGGCCAAUCUGUAUCUUGCAUUUACAGAAGAAAUUGGGACCAAGAUUGUUAUUUCUUAAAUGUUUUGUUCAAUGUAAUGUUCAGUUUCAUUUCCCUUUUGAAGGUAAUUUGUAAGGUCAUUCUGAACUGGCAUUCAAUGUAUUGACCAUUCGAGUUAUUUCAUGAAAUGUGGUCCAAAACACAUCCAAAGUAGGGACUAAUGUUUGUUUAAUUAUAAUACCUUUUGCACCUCUGAAUGUGUAUGUCUGGAAAAAAAAAGCUGCAGGUGUGUGUAUGUGAGAGUGUGUUAAGACUUUUUAGAAAUUGUACAUUUGUGAAUGUGUAUUCUUUUACAUAAAGAUAAUGCUGUUGUGAAGGGUUUAAGUUGUGACUCAGUGUGCACUUUGAUAACUACUCAUGCCUUUACUUUUUCCACUUACCUUGUAAAGUGCUUUUUUCCGAGCUGCGUUUGUGGGACUCUGACCCUUACCCUGCCUCUGCGUUUCAGGCCCUGCAUUGGGCCUGCUAGUGUGAUGGGCCACUGGGAACACUGCUUGUUUUUUGUUGUCUGUGAGGAUGAACUGCACAGUACUAUGGAAGAGGAGCAAAGUGUAACUACAGAGAUGUAGUGCCAUUAGAAACUGUGAAUUUCUAAAUAAAAUGAACACUUUAUUGUCUUUCA